AUGAGUAGGAUACUUUCAAGGGAAGAUGAGAAUUCAUAUAAAGAAUCUUAGCAAAUGAUAACAUCAAUAACGAGAAAUAUACGCCCUGUUAAGUGUAAGGACCAUCAAGAAGAAAAUUAUACUAAUUUUUGCAUGAGUAAAGAUUGUAUGAGAGCACUUUGUCCUGAUUGUAUGGAAAGGCAUACAUAAUUCCAUAAGUAAAAUAGUACUUAUCCUGACCUUUAGUCUAUUAAGAGCGUUAAGGUUAAGUGCAAAUAAAAAUUAAUGGAAAUCAAAAACAAUAUAGAUUAACUCUACGAUUAGAUUGAAGAUUUAAUUUAAAAUUAGAAUUUAGAUGAGUCUGAUGAAGGUAUAAAAAAGAUAAAUACUGUUAGAGAUACUAUAAUAUAUUAGGUUAAUAGCUACUUUGAUCAGCUUUUAGAUAAAUAUAGGGCUAGAGUUUCUGCUAUGAUUGAAAAAGACGAAAAAAUCAAGUAUAUCUAAGAUAGGUUAUCAUUAAUGUCUGAUGAAAUAGAGAUAAUGUCUGCAAAAAUGGAGGGUACCGCUGCUUAAAUCGAUGCUUUCAACGAAGUAUAAAAUUUAGAUUUAAAUGGAUAGCUGAAUGAUAUAGAAAUUUAAGUUUAGGAUAUCUUGAAUAUAUAAUAACGUUAAUCUAUUGAUAUUAUUGUUGAAGAAAGCAAAAUUAGAAUGUUAAAAACAGAUUUGGUUUAAUAUAUACGGUUAGGUUAAUACAUAUUCUAUGAUUAAUAAGAAUAACUAAAUUAACAAGCUAUAAGCUAACCUCAACAAUCACUAAUUGCAAAUCAGUCACCAAUUUAAGAGAAUAAGAGUAAAUAUCAAGAGGAAAUUAAUACAAGCUUUCCAGACCAUGUAGAUACUGAUCCUAGUUUUGAUAAUAAAUAUAUGUAAAGUAAUUAGAACUCAUUUUAUGCUGCUGAUGAAUCUUAAAUUGCUUAAAUAGAAAUUAAUUAAAACAGCUAUUAUGAGAGUGGUUGUCCUCAUAAAAUAAUACCUUAUUAUAAUUACUAGAAUAAAAAACUUUAUAUGAUAGAUGCAACUACUUUUGAACUUAGAAAUGAAGUAUCUAUCAAUGAAUUUAUAGCAGAUUAAGGUAGAACAGUCAUAACACCUAGAGGAGAUAUCUAUAUGAUUGGAGGAAUCUUAAGAAAUAGUGAUACUGAAAAGGUUUUUAAAUAUGAUUAUACAGAAGAAAAAUUUACUGAAAGAUAAAGUAUGAUUUAUGCUAGAAGCUCUUUUGCUGCUGUUUAUGUCGACAAAUUCAUAUAUGUUAUUGGAGGUAAAAGAGAUGGAUUAGCAUGUUCUGAGUGUGAAAAAUAUGAUCUAGUACAAAAUAAAUGGAAAGCUAUUGCAAAUCUAAACUACUCAGCUUUUUCAUCUUCAGUUUGCACUUUUGGAAAUAAUUACUUAUAUAAAUUUGGUGGAAUAGGACCAGGCUAAGUGUAAAAUAAUAACUAUGUUGAACGUUAUGACAUUUAGUAGAAUUAUUGGUAAAUAAUAAAUUUAAUGCAUGAAGACAUUACAGGAAUUCAUAGCAUAGGACCUUAAAAAAUGUUUGCCCUAUUCUUUAACAGUGGAGCUAUUUAGAUAAAUGAUUCCACUAUCUUUGUAUUUGGAGGAUAGCUAGAAAAGAAAAUGUAAAAAUCAAGCUUUUGUUUUAAUAUCAAAAAAGAAAAAACCAACAAUUAAUAAAAUAUAAUGCAUGUUUUAAACAGAUUUGACUACAUCCCUCUACCUUCAGCUGGUUCUUUUACAUCAAACCCAAUAAUUCACAAUAACAAGAUAAUAUGUUUAUAAAAUAUUGAUAACUCUGUUGGGUAAGGAUAAAGUUCAAUUUACAGUAAAAAGAAAUUACUUGUAUUUGAUGGAACUAAUUGGAUAGAAACUAUAUACAAUUUCAAUUGA